AAAAUUUUGAAAAAAAAAAAAUCCCAUUUUUGUAUCCUUUUCACCAUUCCCAUGACAUUCCACCAACAACAAAAAUAAAAUAAAAACUCUCCUCGAAAAGCCCCAAAACUCGCAAAGACCAAAUCAACAAACGCCACACCAUGUCAAGUACUACAACUACCAGUUGGAGCAAAGAAGAAGAGAAGGCGUUUGAGAACGCCAUAGCCAUGCAUUGGAAAGAGAAACAAGAAGGAGAAGAAGAAGAAGAAGAUUCAAAAGAACAAUGGGAUAAGAUUGCUUCCAUGGUUCCGAGCAAAUCCAUGGAGGAACUCAAACGACACUUCCAAAUGCUCCUUGACGACGUUAAUGCAAUCGAAGCCGGUCACAUCCCGGUUCCCAACUACGCAGUGGACGACAAUGGACACAAUCCCAGCAAGGAUUCUCAUCAUGUCGUUUCUGGGUCUGAGAAGAGAUUGAAUGGUAAUUCUUCUGCCGGCCAUGGAAGUGGGUUUUCUUCGGGCCUUGCCGGGCAUGAUGGCGGCGGCAAAGGAGGCUCUAGGGCGGAGCAAGAGAGAAGGAAAGGCAUUCCAUGGACUGAGGAAGAGCACAGGUUAUUCCUUCUGGGUCUCGACAAGUUUGGCAAAGGGGAUUGGAGAAGCAUUUCAAGGAAUUUUGUGAUAUCAAGGACUCCAACUCAAGUGGCCAGCCACGCACAAAAGUACUUCAUUCGGCUCAAUUCAGUGAACAGAGACAGAAGGAGAUCCAGCAUCCAUGACAUCACCAGUGUGGCAAAUGGGGAAGUCUCUCCUCACCAGGCACCACCAAUCACUGGACAACAGGCCAAUACUAACCAGUCAAGUGUACCGGCCAUGGGAGCUCCACAGCUGGUGAAGCACCGGGGUCAGCCCCAUGUGCCUGGGAUAGGCAUGUACGGUGCACCGAUGGGGCAUCCAGUGGCUGCGCCGCCCGGGCACAUGGGCUCAGCCGUGGGGACACCCGUCAUGCUUCCUCCAGGGCACCAUCCUCAUCCGCAUCAUCAUCCUCAUCAUCACCCCCCUCCCUACAUUGUCCCAGUUGCUUACCCUAUGGCACCUCCAACAAUGCACCAAUAACAAUGAUUAACAAUUUAGGGCCAAAAGCUCUAUUUUUCCCAAUGGUGCCUUUGCAUUCUGACCUUUGUUUGUAUUGCUAACCACAUCAAAUUUCAUUCAGAAUGUGCAUGACAUGGGACAGACAGAGAUGGCCCAUCUUUGGCUGAUUAUGAAAGAGGGGAAGGAAUAAAUACCAAAGAUUCAAGGGGGAUGUUAGAGUCCUGUUUUAUUAAUUUUCCAUUGAUUAGAUAAAUUAUUGGUUAAAAGUUUGAUUUUUGUUCUUUUUUUAGUUGCUCAGUACUGUACAUAGAGAACUUUCUUCUUGAUCGAGAACUGUUGCUCAACGUUUAUAA